GUUUUUUUUUUUCCAGACACAGAAUUUAGUUUCCUUCUUGGCGAGGACUUGGAGGAAUGGCGGCUGCAUUGUUUGAAGACGACUAUUUGGAGGAAGAGAAAGUAGCAGACCGUGGAGACCUGGUUGAGUUUGAUCGUGGCUUGUACAAGCAUUAUGGGGUGGCCGUGGACAGCAAACAUGUGGUCCACCUCACAAGUGCAGACCCAGGGUCUUCUAGGUGCAAAUUUUCAUGCGCUGGCCCAAAGGCAGAGGUGAAAAAAGAACGCAUUUCCCAAGUGGCAUGGGGAAAUAGGUAUAGUGUCCUCAAGAAACGUGAGCAGGAGGAGGCCUGUAGAAAUUCGAAUUCGAUCAUCUGUGAUGCCGAAGACAUGGUGGGGAUGAAAAUGAGCUACAACUUGUUGGAGAAGAACUGCGAGCAUUUUGCCAGAAAUCUGGUCUUUGGCGUUCCAAAGUGUAAACAGGUCGCACAGGCCGCUGAUAAGGCAAAAAUCGCAAGUUUUUUUGGAAUAAUGUUUGUGGCUGCCCUUGCCAUAUUCAGGAUUGUUAGAGGUUGACAGAAUCCGCAUUAACAACUCUUGUAUCAAAGGAGGAAGUUCAGAGGUCUACCGGUGUCCUCCUGUGCAACCCAGGCGUGAAUCCUGUGUCUGUUUCCAGAGCUUACGCUUCCUAUUUUUAAAACUCAAGAGAGAUGUUAAAUGAAUUAAAAGUGCCAAAGACAUGAUAAACAA